UGGUAUAUAUGAGCUGAGGAACAAAAUGACAAGUUCCCAUGUAUUUAUGGUGGAUCCAGUUGUUUCCGGACUUAUUCUGCUACAAAUUUUUCGACCGGCAUUUUCGUCGUGGUGGUUACUGGGAACAUCAGCUGUGCAUGUUGCGUCAAAUUCCGAUGACAGUUCAAAUAAGGUCAUAGCGUAUCAAUCAGUUUGCCGAAAUCUCGAUUACCUGGGAGACAAACAGAAGCAGCUUUGUGUGGCUGACCACAAUGUUUUGAAAACGGUAAUUGCGGGAGUCAGAACGGGCAUAACAGAAUGCCAGCAACAGUUCCAGCAACAGAGAUGGAAUUGUUCGUUGACGUCUACCGGUGUCAGCAAUUCAUCCAAUGGUUUUGGACCGGUGUUGAAUAUAAAUAGCCGGGAGAAGGCUUUCGUUUAUGCCAUAAGUUCUGCUGGAGUGGCGUAUUCCAUUACCAAAGCGUGCAGCCAAGGUGAUAUUUUGGACUGCAUGUGCGACGACCGCUUAAACAACAAGCCGGCACACGGACGGUUUCACUGGAGCGGCUGCAGCGAUGAUAUUACUAUCGGCGAACGUUUCAGUCGGGAUUUCGUGGACACAAAAGAAACUUCGCGUCAUCCGGAAGGACUUAUGAAUUUACACAACAAUGAAGCAGGAAGACGGCAUGUCCGGAAUAAUAUGCAAAUAUUAUGCAAAUGUCACGGUGUUUCUGGAUCCUGCUCUAUGAAGUUUUGCUGGCAAAAACUACCCAUGUUCCACAAAAUCGGCGAUUCGCUGAGCAGCAAAUUUGAAAGCGCUUCACAAGUUAGAAUGAAUCGCAAAAAAGGCAAACUGAAACCAAAAUAUCGCGGUGACAAAAUUCCCGCAAAGGACGAUUUGGUCUAUCUGGAUAGGUCACCCGACUAUUGUGAGCGAAAUAUGAAACACGGAAUUGGCGGAACGAGAGGGAGAAAGUGCAACAAGACCAGUCGCGGUAUUGAUGGCUGCAGUUUAAUGUGCUGCGGAAGAGGAUAUCGUACCAGUAAAGAAGUGGAGAAAGAUUGCCGGUGUAAAUUCGUCUGGUGCUGCAGUGUUAAAUGCGAAAAAUGUCAAGGCAAGCAGACUCUAUAUAAAAAUCUGAUUUUCGAAUUACUGAUUUAA